AUGGGGCUCUUUUUGGGUUUAGUAUGUGUCUUUGCUCUUUUUGCCCCUCUGUAUCUUGGAGCUCCUAUGCAGCAGGUUGAGCAAAAAAUUGCGACAUUGCAUCAGAGGGAAAAACGCAAGGAUGACAUGGAACUGGCAGCUAAAUACAUCGAACAUUUCUACAGUUUUCAGACAGGUCCCCCUGGUCACAGGAAGAGAAGUCAUCCUUCAUUUUCCUCUAAACUGAUUGACAUGCAGAGCUUUUUCGGACUGAAUCAGACAGGCAGACUGGACACAGAGACACUGGCUGUAAUGAAGAUGCCCAGGUGUGGUGUUCCUGAUAUUGAGGAAUAUGUUUACAACCGAGGCAACAGAUGGAAGAAAAACACGAUUUCUUACAGCAUUGGGCGGUACACCAAUGACUUACCUAUGAAAACAGUAGACUCCUUGAUUGGAGCAGCUCUGGAUGUGUGGGCAAAGGCCAGCCCUUUACAUUUCUUUAGGUCCUUCUCUCAACAAGCUGACAUCAUGGUGGAGUUUGGCUCCAAAUACCAUGGAGACAACUAUCCCUUUGAUGGACCUAAGGGUACACUGGCUCAUGCUUUUGACCCUGGAGAGGGCAUUGGAGGAGAUGUUCACUUUGAUGAAGAUGAACUUUGGACAGCAGAUUCCAGAGGAUUUAACCUGUAUUUGGUUGCAGCACAUGAGUUUGGACACGCCUUGGGUUUAAAACAUUCUCAAAACCCACAGUCCCUCAUGUAUCCCACAUACAGAAACCGUCAAACACAAAACAUGCUUUCCAGUGAAGAUAUUAUGAACAUCAACGCCCUGUAUGGGCCAAGCGUUACAGCGCCGUAUUACCCACGGCUGAAUUGGAAUUAUCCGUUCAAAUCUUGGCUCUCUGGCUUUUACUAUUCAAGGGCAUUUAAGGACAAAUGUGAUCCUGACCUGUCUUUUGACUCUGUUACUAAUUUAGGGGCAGCAACUUUAUUUUUCAAAGAUCGGUAUUUAUGGAUCAAGAAAAAGAAAAAUGACAUAAUAGAGGGUCCCAUUAAAAGUUUCUUUCCAAAAAUCAAUUCAACCAUUGACGCUGCCUACUGGUUUCCACAACACUCCACUACCUUCCUUUUCAGCGGUUCCAGCUACUGGACAGGGAAGAGCUUUUGGAAGAAAGGCUGGCAUCAUCAGAAAAUCACCAGAUUUGGUUUCCCAGCCUCAGUCGACCACAUUGAUGCAGUGGUUCACAUUCCCAACACUGGCAACACCUUAUUCUUUACUCAGGAUCACUACUGGAGAUAUAAUGAAAAUCGUAAAGCCUUGGAAAAAUCUAACCCACACAUCAUCUCAGAUGAUUUCCCUGGCAUCAAGUCUCCCAUCAGUGCGGCUGUUUAUAAGCAUGGUUUCCUUCACUUCUUUGUUGGAGCAGAGGUGUACAAAUAUGAUGUAAAUGUAAGGGAGGUUAUUAGAAUUAAAAAAGCUAAUUCUUGGCUUGAAUGUUAACAGAUAAUUUAAAUUAUAUUUUUAU